AUAACAUUGUUUUUGUCCAAGGUGCAUUUCGGAUAUCACCGGCUUCCUUCUACCUCGAGCAGAACCAGGCAGUAGAGGUCACCUUCGCCUUCAAGGACAUGCCGUCAGUCCCGAUCGGCGUGUCAGAACUACCGUGGAUUUAUGAGACAGAGCUAAUGAGCAUUUCGAAGGACAACAGGCUACUUACGCAGGUUGUUGUUGUCAGGUUGUGAUUGUGUUGUUGUCGGCGUCGGGUAGUUGGCAUGCUACAGUCAAACAGUGCAAGAACUGCAAGCACAUGAGGGACGUAGCAUUUCGAGCAGACUAGACCCUUCAUCUUUUUUCCACUUCUUCAUAGAAUUCUGGAGGCGAACAAUUUUACUUCGGUCGCUGGCAGCGUGCGUGUGUUAGUGGACACAUUACGGAUAGAGCUACUCGCCUUUGCAAAGGAACAA